ACCGGUAGGAUUCGGGACGCCAUGAAGAAGAACAGAGUGUGCGCCUCGCCAUAAAGGAAACGACCAACUUCAUUCAUUCAUUCCACUGUCGGACGAAACUACAGCGUUUACCCACCGCUACAUGUUAGCACGCGCACACAGGUGUACGUGUGCGGGUCUGUCACAGUAGCUGGAACACCUGCGUGUGCAUAACCAACUACUGCUGUGUCUGUGUGUGUCUGUGUGUGGGGGUGUGCGAGGGCGUGUGUGCGCGUGUGCGUGUGUGUGCGUGUGUGUGUUUAUGUGUGUGAAGAGCACGUGCGAGCCAUGUCAGUGUCAGUGAUCAUAAAGUGGGGAGGUCAGGAGUACUCCAUCAGCUCUCUGUCUGAGGAGGACACGGUGAUGGAUCUGAAACAGUCCAUCAAGAGCCUGACGGGGGUGCUGCCCGAGAGACAGAAACUACUGGGACUCAAGGUCAAAGGUAAACCAGCAGAGGAUGAGAUGAAGCUUGGCUCUCUGAAGCUGAAGCCUAACACCAAGAUCAUGAUGAUGGGUACCAGAGAGGAGAGUCUGGAAGACGUUUUAGCCCCUCCCCCAGAGAACGAUGAUGUGGUCAAUGAUUUUGACAUCGAGGAGGAGGUCAUUGAAGUGGAGAACAGAGAGGAGAACUUGGCUAAGAUUGCCCGCAGAGUGAAAGACUACAAGGUGGAGGAGAUGAACCCUCCCAGAGAAGGGAAGAGGCUUCUGGUACUGGAUGUGGAUUACACACUGUUUGAUCACAAGUCGUGUGCAGAGACGGGCAAUGAGCUGAUGAGGCCAUACCUUCACGAGUUCCUGACGUCAGCCUACGAGGACUAUGAUAUUGUCAUUUGGUCCGCAACAAGUAUGAAGUGGAUUGAUGCCAAAAUGAAAGAGCUGGGAGUGACAGACAACCCCAACUACAAGAUUACAUUCAUGUUGGACAGUGCUGCUAUGAUCACCGUACACACCCCUAAGAGAGGGCUUGUAGAGGUGAAGCCCUUGGGAGUGGUAUGGGGGAAGUAUGGAGAAAUUUACAACAGGAAGAACACUAUAAUGUUUGACGACAUCGGACGAAACUUCCUUAUGAACCCACAGAACGGACUGAAGAUUCGACCCUUCAUGAAGGCUCACCUCAACAGGGAGAAAGACAAGGAGCUCUAUAAACUUGCUCAAUACCUCAAAGAAAUUGCCAAGCUUGACGACUUUGCUGGACUCAACCACAAACACUGGGAGAGGUUCCUAUCCAAGAGGCAGCAGCAUCAAUGAGGGGCCACUACAUCCUCGAUCAAGGCUGGAUGCCGCCACCCUUCAUCCAGUUCUCAGGCACAUACACACCGGCUUGGCUACGACCUAAAUCCUUCAUUUCAAACCUGAAAACAUAUCCUACGCUAACCCUGCAGCUACCAACACUCAAAUGCUCAGGACUGAGAUAGCCUUCCUAAUUUAUAUAUUUGCAUUAACCAUCUCUCCCAUAUUUUUUUUUUCAUUUAAAAAAAAAAUAUUAUAUUGUUUGUGUUAACUGCAAUAACUGCAUGGUAAGACAAAUUACCAUUACCACUCACUUACUCCUACUUUGAUUAAUUGUCAAAAUAUAUCUUAAAUGAUACCUGGAAGUAUUUCAGAUCUUUUUGAGGGAGACAUAUUAUGCCCAGGUUCAGGUUCGCUAUUUGCAACGGGCCCGCGGUGCUUGUUACUUUCCGCAAACUGUCCAUUGCUGCAGCUCUUCUUUUCAGCCUCUGUCUGAAACACUUGGUUUUAGCUCCUGUCUCUAUAAGGCCCCCCCUCCUGAUAAAGCCUACACUUUUACUUUACCAGGGUGACAUUCAGCCUGAGCAAACCGUAGCAAAAACCUUUAUUAAACUGAUAUAGUGGUGCGUUACAUCUAUGGUAGCUGCAAAGCCCAUUCUUGUGGAAGAUAACACAGAGGUACAUGGCAUGGGUUUGAAUAAAGUAAAUUUCGCUUUGCACAUUGUUUACAUGCACACAAAAAUACGUUGAUUAAAGGGAAAAUCUGACAAUGCAUAAUAUGUUUCCUUAAAAGAUAGGCGUACCUUACUGUCGAAGAAGCCAAGCUCUUACCCAUCGAAUAUCCUGAAGUGACUGAGAUGCUACAUUAAGAAGCUAAUAAGUCAUUAGAAUUGGAUGAGAAAUUCCACGCCAAGAAAUGCACAUACCCAUAAUAUAGUCAAUAUCAAGUACGACUUUCACUGCAACAAGUCUGGUAUGUCCACGUUGUGAAAGUUGUUGUGAAGAGCUAAAGUCAAAAAAUGGAAUGGCAGAUUGUGUUGCAAUCAAACACUGUAACCAAUUUGACAUGUUGUAAUACGCAAUAAUCCUCAAAGCUAUCGCUGGAUUAAAAAUUUGAGCUUGAGACUGGUAGUCGUAGCUAAUAAUUCAUCAACACAAUCGACAGUGAUGCACGUUUUGAUGGAAAACCUCUGUUGUUAUGUGUUCAGGGGUCGCUGAACACAGGACUGUGGUUUGGAUUUCAUACAUGUACAAAUGAACACACGGAGUGUCCACGUAAGGGUUAGUUUGCAUAUUUGCCCUGAAUUUGUUUAGUGCUUUUCUGCACAUGUAAUUGUUUUGUCCUGGCUCUGCUGCAUUGCUGGACGCACAAACUUGAAGACAUGUAGAGGAUGAAUCCAGUUUGGUUUCAGUUCAUUUUGUAUGUUUCGUUUUAUGCAAAAUGCACUAGUUGAUCUUGUUUAGAGCUUUUAUUAAUAAGCUGUUUUGGGAAGUACAAGUAAUGAAUUAUGAGAGGAUGAGGGUUCAUGAUGAAAAAGAAAUGGACAGCACAAAACGUGCAUUGAGUUUUUGUUUUUUUGCUUCUAAAAUGAUGGUGUCCGCACACAGAGGGAAAGGAACAAAACAAGUUCCCUUUUAUUUCUUGAGAUCUGCCUUUUGGUGUUUUCCUCAUCACAUCCAUCACAUCACUGACACCCGGACUGUAAAUAUACCAAUAAACCUUUUUUUGUACCUAAA